GCAUUUUUAGAGAUGGCGUCAGAGGAAGCGGCCGUUACCAUGGUGAACUACUACACAUCGGCCACGCCCACCAUCAGGAACCAGCCUGUCUUCAUUCAGUACUCCACCCACCGGGAACUCAAAACUGACAAUCUGACCAAUCAGAGGGCUCAGGCGGCGCUGCAGGUCAUCAGCGCAGCAGCAGUGCAUUCUGGGAACAUGUCAUCAGGAAAUGGGCGGGGCUUAGUUCCUGCUCUGAGUCCAGUUCUGAGAAUCAUCGUGGAGAACUUGUUUUACCCAGUGACCCUGGAGGUUCUGCAGCAGUCUCUGGACGGUCAGAACAUCUACAACGGCUGCUGCACGCUCAGGAUCGACUUCUCCAAACUGAGCGCGCUCAACGUGAAGUACAACAACGAGAAGAGCCGCGACUUCACCAGGACCGACCUGCCGAGUGGCGAGCUGGAGCCUGCCGCCACCUUCGGUGUAGCCCUGCCAUAUGGAGCCGCAGCGUUCCCGCCCACCUUUCACCAACACACAGGCCUGCCCAUGGCGGCCGUCCCCGCCUCGUUGGUGUCUCCUCCUCGGGUGGUGCUGCAGGUGGCGUCUCCUGGGCUGCACUCGGUGCUGCUGGUGUCCAACCUGAACCCAGAGAAAGUCUCUCCUCACUGCCUCUUCAUCCUGUUCGGUGUUUAUGGAGAUGUUCAGAGAGUAAAACUUCUCUUCAAUAAGAAAGAAAAUGCUUUGAUUCAGAUGAGUGAUUCCACUCAGGCCCAGCUCGCUAUGAGUCACCUGAACGGACAGCGUCUCCAUGGUAACGUCAUCCGGGUGACGCUGUCYAAACACCCUGUGGUGCAGCUGCCCCGUGUGGGGGCGGGGCAUGAAGAACAGGCACUGACACAGGACUUCUCAGGCUCCGCCCUCCACCGCUUCAAAAAACCUGGAUCCAAAAACUUCAACAAUAUUUUCCCUCCAUCCGCGACACUGCACCUGUCCAACAUCCCCUCCUCGAUCUGUGAGGACACGCUGAAGGAUUUGUUCUCCUCCAGAAGAUUCACAGUCAAAGCCUUCAAGUUUUUCCAGUAAGUUACAAG